ACUUUCCUCUCUGGGUUAGUGCUGCAAAUCCUGCCCUUGCUGACAAGGCUGGUGACGCACACAGAGGACUUGGUGCCCUUCACCAUGGCCUGAUACAGGGCUGAUAGAGCAGCUCCUGCUUCAUGUGAACUGCAAAAGAUGGACACCAUGGCCUGGAGUCCCACUAUCAUGAAAGGGGGCAUCCAAUUGUGGCAGCAAUUGGAAAACGCCACCAACAGAAAGUACUCUGUGCAGAGCCCCAGUGGUCCCUUCAACAACGGGAGGGAGAAAAGCUCAUCCAGCCCCUGCUAUGCUGCAGAACAGGAUUUAUUUGCACCACUCUUUACCUGUGUGAGACUGAGAUGCUUCAUGCCCUAAAAGCACAUUUUCCUCCUGUAAAGAGAGAUGAGGGACCCCUCAGGUGCCUCUGCUCUGGUGUCCGAAGUUAGAGGUGAAGGAGGGCUGAUGGGAUCUGGUUUUGAGCAUGUUCUGGUGUCAAUCAGGAAUGGCUUCUUCGAAGUGGAAAAGGAAAGGCUAAUUUAAAGCCAAUAUAUGUGAAUUUACCCUCAGGCUUCAGUGAGAGUUAGAAGGAUUAGUAUGUGAGCCGGCCCAUUUCCUUACACAGGCAAAACUUUUCCUUAUGGCAUGAGAUUCAGCUCAUUGCAGAAGGCUCAGGUACCACCAAACUCCUCUCUGAAUGGGAGGCAUAGUGUCUGUAGACAUUGUGCUGCCUGUCUGUCUGCACAGGGAGAAGUGUCAUAGUAAAUGAAUCCAUUACCCAGGAUUGUUGAUAUAACACCUUUCUUCUACCUCUGAAAGAAGCUUUCUUUUAGGUCUUUAAAUCUGUGUUAUCUACAGCUCCCUUGGUGUAAUUGGGGGAUUUGGGGAUUAGAGGAUGGAGCCAACGUCACUGCUGCUUUUCUGCGUUUUUGGAAUGCGAGGGAAGAGGCUGGGGGUGGAAUAGUUCUCGAGUGUGCAGUUUAUUGAUGUGUCUCUGGUAGAGUUUUAUGGCUUUGUUAAAAGACGUUGAGCUAUAUGAUUUAUUAGCACUGCCAGAAAGUGUAUUAAUGAUUAUUUCACAUUCCGUGAGAUCUUAGUGGGUCCUGCCCAUGGGAAGGUCAGAACGAAGGGGCAUUUGACAUAGUACUGCUUUACUUACAAUAACAACUGAUAACCAGCCUAGAAAAUAAGUAAGUUCCUUUGACUUCAGGGUGCGUUAUCUUGCAGCAGAUAUCAACACAGCCUUCCAGAGAGAACUGUUGACCCUUUGCUGUGUGUUGUCAGAUCUCUAAGAAAGUGCCAUGGCAAAACCUGCAUGCCCAUGUACGCUUGGAAGUGCUUUUACUUGCUUAGGAGCAGGCACUCCAGCAUCAGCAAUUACUCCUGGCAGAUGCAGCACUCUCUGCUAAGCAUGAGGGGUUGGGAAUGAGGAGACCCAGCUGGCAUGAAAAAGGACUUGUUAACAUUUGCUUUUCUUUUUCAGGAGUAUUCUCUAGUAAAAGGCAAUCUGGCCCAUUUGGUGCCUUCCAGAGCUAAAGGGCCAGUCCCCAGUCUGGGUCUGGUUAGUCUCAGGUUCAUACCUGAUCCACUGACGAUUUCUGGUGCAUGUUCAGAGUUCUCUGAAAAACAUGGGUGUUUUUUUGACUGUAACUUCUGCACUGCACAGCAGCUGAAGCUUCAAGAAAAUCAGUGAUUAUUACAACUUUGUUAAAGACAUAAAACCAAACACCUGUUAGCUGGGAACUCCAUUUUGGGUGAUGGCCACCCAGCAUCAUAGACCCGUUCUGUUGUGGAUUUGGUCAGGCUGUCUCAGAGCGACAGCUGUCUGUGGGUCAGCCUUUCCCUUCCAGCAUCUGCACUGGUGGAGAUAAGACAGCAAUCACCCUCAGCUCUCCCUGCUUCCAAAGCCAAUUUUACAAUGUUUUUUUAAUUUUUCACAGGCUACUGCUGGCCAAGUGGAGACAUUCCUUGUCUGUUAUUCAUGGGCAGAAAUGCUUGAUUAGGGCUCCUCUUCCUGGAAACAUCAGUGAAGUUGAUGCCCUGGAUCCUUUUCCACAGAUAAGAUUAAGAGCAUGGAAAUCAGCACGCUUCUGGCAGUGGUUUUUACUGGCUCCAGGUGGUAGUUGCAGAGAGGGUAUUUUGGACUAUGAGAAAUUUGCUGUAUCAUUUGUCAAGCACCAUUCGCUGGUGGGUUCUGGGGGUAGAGAACUCACCUAAUAGACAUGGAUUUUUCUUUUUUCCACGUUGUUUCUUUGGCUGGCAGUGGCUGUGAGGGUUGCUGCUGUGAAGGGAAUGAGUCACUCAUUUGUUUGAAGCAGUGAAGAAAGGUUCUGCGUGUUCCCAUUGAUAUUAAACACGAAGCUGUGAUGUCGGUGGUUUCCUUUUCUCCUGCUUUCAGUGUAUUUGGUUUUCAUAUCAGGGAGGUCAGGAAUUCAUGUUUGCUGCCUUUGAGGAGGGAGGUUUCGGGUAGUCUUUAGGUCUUUCUGGCUGCCCAUCCCAAGCUGCUGCCAUCAAAGCACAGUGGAGCCUGUCAGCUGGGGAUAUUUUUCACUUGCUGUUUUUGUGGGGAACCUGCCUGAGUUUCAGCCUCAUGGAUCUAUCUUACUUCACUUGUUUUUAUUAAAGUCAGUGACCAGUGCAAUCCUGGAAUGCAGCCCGGCUUUAUUUCAUGGCAUUACAAUUUGAAGGAUGUGAGGAUCAGCAUGUACCAUUGGAGUGGCUGGUCUAUCCUGCCUGGCACAGAGCUGGGAGCUUCAUCUGCUGGAUCUCUUAUGGGGGCACAAACCUGUGUUUGAUUAAAUCCAUUCUAGCACCUCUCUAUAUGACUAUUUCCCUGCAGGCAAGUAAAGGAUAGAGGUGAGACUCUUCUAUCUGGUAGUCUUCUUUCAAUAGGCAGGAAACUUAGUUUCUUAUUUUUUUUUUUCAUAAUAAUCCUACUGACUUUACCCCAGUGAGUUUUUCCUCUUUGGGGUGUCUUGCUCAGGAAAAUGCAGAAGUGGUUCCCCUGGUGUAGGAGGACUGGUCCAUGAGAAAGCUGCUUUUCCUGCCCGAUGGUGCUGUAACAGACUGCAUCCUCCUCUCUUUCACUCCCCACAGGUAAAUUUUCUUCAGAGUAGUCACCUGGGGACACAAUUGUGCAUAUUUAAAAUAAGAUACAAACCCCAGCCAGUGUCUUGUAAGUGCUUCUGUUGGCUGCUGGUUCUGCUAAAAGCUGGAACAGCAGAUUUCACUCUCCAAGUAAAAUUGGUCCCCUGAGGGGCACAGCUCCACCUGACAUCAGCAGCACCCUAUGGUUCCCCCAUUGUUUUUACUUUUGCUGUGUCUGUAAUUAAAAAAGCUAAACCAUCCCAUCCUCACCCCCACAGAGACCAUAUGUGGAAGUGACUGUGCUUGAUGCAAAUGCAGAAAAUGUGUCUGAAAAUAGAUUGCAAGUGAUGUAAAAGCUGUGCUCAUCAAAGGAAAAUGCCAACCCAGUUUGCCCUCAUGGUUCUGGAAGGGAUUUUGUCUUGUGCAGAAUGUGUUUCCCCCUUGUCCCCCUCCUCUCCCCUGGAGCUGUAAGUCCCCUUUUGUUAGGCCACUGUCGUGGAGCUAAAUCCUGGAAACGUAAUUUAUUCAAAGUGUUCCGCACACAUGUAAAUGGGCAAAACUUAUUGACAGCUGAGUUAAAGUAUCUCUUUCUUCUGAGUAACAAGGCACUUUUGCUGGAUCUUUCAGCUGCUGGCUUUGUUCCUCAGGCUGGUGAAAAGAGCUUGUGGGGGGAGAAACAGGCACACAGGGAGAAUGCCUCGGGUGUGUGUUGUGUGUCUGCACAGGCACUGAUUUGUGUGGGGACAGUGUGGCAGCAGCUCUCCCCAUGGAAGGUGCAGGAUGGGACACAAAUCUCAGCAUAUUCUUGGUAAAAGAAGACACUCUCUGUGUCCCUGGUCCUUUAAAAGGCUCCGAGUGGCUGUAUGUCCACCUUUAAGUGUGGGAAAUGACAGUUCCCAAAAGGAUCAUGGUAUUUGUCUAUUAAAUUCCAAGCACACAGCAAAUUCAGCUGAACUUUCUGCUGCUUAAGCACUACUCUUUCCUCCUCCAUACAAGGCCUUGAAUUAGCUAAUUAAAAUCUAGGGGAGAGAGGGAACAGCCUGCAUUGGAGAGAACUCACAAGAUUUCUGAGGUCAUUGCUGGUACAGAGUUCCCUCACUCUGUCCCAUGAAAAGAUUUUUAAGUAUUCAUUGGAAAUCUCCCAUGGAUUUAACUUCUUCCUUUGUUUUCCUUUGCAGUAAAAGCUUGAUUGAAAGUGGCUGUGGCAGCAGUAAUGCCUGGCUGAGUUUGGAGAAAACAAGCUCUAGGCCCAUUUAGACAUUUCAUUUGAAAGCAGCUUCCAUUAUCUCCUGUUAGGAGCUGUGGUUAGUAAGGAGCAGGGUGAAUGCAUAUGUGUGUUCAUCCAUUAUGACUUCUUUAUCAAUUAUUUUUAAUCACUGUUUUUUUAGGGAGUGGUGAGAUUAUUUUUUUUAAAUUUAGGUAAAUGAUGUCUGAUAAACCUGACUCCAGUUUUCUGGGGAUUUUUUUUCACAGUGUUAAGUGAGUUGAUCUCAGAGUUAAAAUACAAUUUAUUCUAUUCUAUCAAUUCAUACCCCAUGAAAGAAAACUGACAAAAAUUUGGGUUUUUUUCCCCCCACGCUUAAAAUUUUUUUGGGGAGACAAAGUUCUUAAAACUUAAUUUACAUGCAGAAAUUUAACGUGUCAAUUACUGUGGCUUGAUCAAAGUUGUAUCAUGUUUUAUGAAAUGUUUUCUGAGCCUGAGUUAACACAGGUGAGGCUUUGAGGAGAAGAGUGGUUCUGCCUGAGUCCCAGCAGUGCAGCCCCUCUCACUUCAGUGGGACUGGAGGAAGGUUUUGGGUUUGUCUUAGCAAAAGUGGAGUAGAUCAAUGCACAAAAUGGAGAACUUAUUCAUGUUAGGACACAACUGGAAUUGUUUUGUCUUAACCUCAGAGCAGGUAGGGCACAUGGAGGCAGUACUGACUUCUGCAGCAUAUCUUGAGGAGGGAAUUGCAUGAGGGAAAUUCUGUCUUAGCAACUCAUGCCUGAAGCAUGCUCUUUGUGUUGGGACAAAGAACUAUUUGUCAGCAGAGGCUGUUUCAUAUAAAAAUGGUAUUUUCCAUUGAGUUUUGUUUUGGAGGCCCUUCUCUCCCUGCAUCCUUUCCUGCUGCUGGCUGUCUGCUGCCAUCUCACUCUUCUUUGCCUACCCAGGGCCAAUCAGACACAUUGUACUGCUGAAAAGUAAUGCAAACAAAGUAUUUUAGGGUGAUUUGGUGACCUGAAUCUUCCUUCUGACCACAUCAGAAUGACUGCACAAUGAGAAGAGGAAGGAGUCAGUUUGAUUUUUGCUUUAGUGCUGCUUUGAACUUAGAUCUCUGCAAGCCCAUAGGGGCAUACAAAUGGUUUUGUGGUGCUGUUGGGGGUUUCCUGGUUUCAUCUUUGCAAUCUGAGCUUGAGUGUGGAAGAGCCCAGGCCUCUGAGUUCUUCAUGGAAGUGAGAGGCCUGACACUGUGGUGCCUCGUGCUUUCUAUUUUUGUUGGGCUAACGAUAGGGAAAUGCCACUUGCUCUUCAGAUUGAUAGGAGGAAACGGCUCCUAAAAAUACCCUUUUUGUGAGCGUUUUCCCUGUCUGCUGGAGAGAUGCUGGGAAGUCUCUCUGCUGGAACGAAAUCUGUGCUAGAAGUGGACUGAAGUGUGUGGGGAAAUGCAAUCAGUCUGCACUCCCAGAGUCUGUCUGAGGCAGUGGAAGGAGUAGGAUGAAACUCAUGGCAAUUUCAGGCCACCACUGCAGGCUUUCCUCUUGGGUCAUCCUUGUUUUGACCAGAUAAAGUGGAGUUGGGAUCAUCUUAGACCUUGUUCACCAGCCACACAAAGUCUCCUCGAAUUGGAGGUUACCUUUGAAUUGUGUAAGGAUUUCAGUGUGCUGGGCAAAGCAGGGAGCAUUAAGAAGGGCCAGCAAGCAGGGAGGACCUCCAAAAAUCUGGGAUGAAUUUUAGUCCUACCCCAUGAUGAGCAAGAAGAUGGCUGAGUCUAUCUUUUGGACUCUUUCAAGAGUGAAACUCCUGGGCUGACCAGACAGAAUGCUCUGAGGAUUGAUUUUAAAUUAGCCCAAACCAAAUUACUUAGUGAAGCCUCAUUCUUGAGAGGGUGUUGAUGCUGUCAGGCUUGGACAGGGCCUCCCUGUGGCUGCUCUGGCUUCUGUCAGCUUUAUGACUAUAGCCAUGAAAUUAGCCAUUUAACCAUGUAAUGACUUUUUAUUUCAUUUAAUCUUCCAAAAAGCACCGUUUGUGCAAAAACACCGAGAGUGCUGCGGUUUCUAAUGUAGCCUUUCUCUGGCUCAUUUCCUGCCCAGCUGUUGUCCUCUCCAGCCCAGUGUCUCCUGGCUGUGGAGGUCACACCUGCACAUCUGCAGUGAGCACCUCAGCCUGUGCUGCUCCUGGGGGAGCUGGAGCCAGCCGUGGCUGUGACCGUCGGACUCCUGGCUUCCUUCAGCCGUCAUUCCCAGCGCCACCAUCGCCGCCAUCGGAGCUUUAUCUCCGGACCUGGUGUCUGAUGAGGCUGUCAUGGGGCAGGAGCACUUACUGGAAAAUGAUUUAUACUAAUUAGGCAGCCUGAAGGUUUCUUGUGGAACAGUAGGAGGGAAGACACAGAGGUCAGUCGUCUUUAUUCUCCAAAAAGCCAUCAUCACCUGAUAAAGAUUCAACUGCCUUAGAUUUUGAAGAGGAUGUUUCAUGCUGCUUCGGCCAAAGCAGGGAGUGAAGACUUCAAUCUAGUGACCUUUGUUCUCUAAAAGAGCGUGUCAAGUUUUGGCUGUGCUGCUGGCCUUGACUUUUAAUUGUUGGAGAGGAUGUGAGAUCAGCCCCAAGCCUUUGUGCUGCAGCUUACCCGGUGAGAGAGGGGAAGUGCUGGGCUUCUCUGCACACCGCUGCCACAGUUUAAUGGGAAAAAAACAUAGGCAGCCUCCCCUUCCCCCCAAAUAAUGAGCCACCUCUUAUCAGCAAAAAUUAAAGCAAGAGAAGAACAAGAAGAAUGUUAGGGAUGGGAAAACCUGAUUAUAUCAAUAGCUGUGUUUUCAUGCAGAUUGUUACACUGUGAUGAACAAAGGGGUUGCCCUGACUUUACCUUGUCUUUAGCACAAACUUCAUCCCCGUAUGAAGGGCCAAAUCCCCAUUCCCUUGCACAAUGAGGGCAUGUGCUUGUGAGGUAUCUGAAUUUGGCCUGACAAGGUGGCCUCAUCCCCCCUCAUGCCUCACUUCUCACCCUGCUGUGAUCCAGCUGAACCUGAUGGACCAGGUGCUGGAGAGGAAGGACAGAGUGGGAAGGGUUUUUGAAGGGCCAGCACAAUUUGGGGGAAAGAACCUUGUAUCAAUAUUGAUCUCUGAGACUCCUUUCUCUGCCUUGCUGUCUGUCCAUUGUGUGUUAUUCUGCUGGAGUAGACACCUGUGGUGGUUUGCAGUCACUUUUAGAAGCAUGUCUGUAAAUGAGGUGCCCUCUGGACCACGUGGGGUCACCCACUAUUGCUCCAUGCCUCCUCAGUGUGCCAUCCUCUGGUUACCUGGCAUCCUGCCCUUGUCCCUUGGGCUGGUGUUUGCAAGGAGGUCCUUGAAAGGUGCCCUGUGCUCAGCUGUCUUUUCUAGACAGCAUGAAUGUUUUACACCCUUUUCAUGCCUCUUUGGCCCUUUUGCUUGACAGAAAAGCACUAGAACAUGACUGAAAAUUUCUGUCCUUCCCUGCAAAGAAUAGCCAGGCCUAGGAGGUGCUUUCUCCUUUAUCCCCAGCAUGGCAGCCCUGUCACUCUUGAUGGUGGGCAAUCAUUUCUGGCUGACCUCGCCAAGGAUAGUCCCCAAAGUGUUGACUAGUUACUAUCUUGGUUUCAGGGUUGCUGAGAUGUGUCCAGCGGGGAACAGCACUCAGGAACUAUUUUUUUCUGGACAAAUGUCUCCUUACAACCUUGCUGCUCAUGUGGGUUGUGUGAUUUCCAAGCUGGCUGGGAGCCUGGAAGUGAACUCAUGGGCCUCAAGGAGCAAUAAGUGCUGUGGUGUUUUAACCAGCCCAGCCAAACUCAGCAUGCACGUGUGUUUGUGUGUGUGUGUGUGUGCAUGUGUGAAAGCACUUUCCAGCAGACCAUCUAUCUGUAAUGAUAGCCUGGCUCCACUCAGCUGUGGUAUCAGCAGCAAUUCUAUGGUACCAAGCCAAACAAGGAAAUGUGCUCCUGAAAACAGCCUGUUUUAAACUGCACAUGUCACCUGUGGGUCUGUGUGAGUAGAACAAGUCUCUCUGAAAUGCAGCUUUUUGUGACAAAGGGUCUGCUGGAAAAGCUGAGGUCUGAGCUGGUACCUUUACAUCAGUGAGGUGUGUCCAGGUAAUCAAUCCACCUCUGAAAUCAGCUCCCAUUCCUCUUCCAGGUGCUCCUCUCUUGGCAAGGGUUGUGGCAAGGAGAUUUGAAGGCAGCUAGUAAGCCUGUGGAUUUGGAGGUUCUCUAAGGAAAACCUCUGAUGUGUGGGUUGGAAACAGAGUCUGUUCUUUUAUACUUGUGUUGUGCUCUCCUAUAAUUGGCUCUGCAGAUGCUGGGUUGGCUCCUUUGAGAAACCAAGGAACUUGUAAAGGUGUUGAAUGGUUCUAGUAGGAGCUGAAAGGAGCUGUGAGUGCUUCACAAGCCCACGAGGAGUGAAAAGUCUGUCUUAAGGUACCGAAGCAGUUUUGUAGUUGGCCCAAGCCCAAGAACAAGAGAGGAGAGAAAAGCAAAGUAAUGCCUUUUCCAAAGGUCUCUUAGAGCUUCAAAUCCUAGGAUUGAUGAAAUCUUUAAUUUGGGACCAAAUUAUUUGACAGUGUGUGCCCCUGUUGCUCUAUUGCUGCCUGAAGAGCCUGUCAAAUGGAGUCUUUGAUGAGAGUGUGCUGGGCUGUGGGCUGACACCUGGCAAGGGAAUCAUCUGCCCUGUCCUCAGUGCCUGCAUUACGAUGAGAUGAACGCAGUCUCCCUGUACUUGUGGUACAGGGAGCUGAAGGAAACUGGCUUGAACAUGGACAGCUGCAUUGGGGAAAUCUGGGCUGUUACUUGCUUUUCUGAGCACAGAUAACUGGUACGUGGGGACCUUUUCCCAAGGCUCUGUUACCCUGCAGGACGAUAGGCAUUCCAUAGGUUUAGGGUCCUAUGUACCAGCUCCAUAUGGAUGACCUAGUGUGUCUUCUGCUGCUCUGGAUGUCUUAUGUUUGGAGUGACUCGAGGCCCUAGAGUCAGGAGAGCUGUUCUCCACUUCUGCCUCUAUCCAUGGCUCUGCCACUGAUUUAUCCUGGCAUUGUGGCAAUUCCCUCUAAUUACUGGAAUUAUUCCAUUCUUUUUUUAUUCUUGGAAUAUUCCCUUCUUUUAUGACCUUGUGAAAAAUCAAAGAAAUGGGAGUAGAUUAAAAUCCUCCAUAUUUUCAUAUUUUUAACUGUUUUUUUAGUCCUGAAGCAAGACAGAAAAGCUUUGAAAGCUUGCUAGGUUACAACAACACCAAAGCCUGGAGGAUGAGGCGAUGUUGGUAUAUAUAAAAAAUAAUUUGGUUAACACUGAGCUGGUGAAUUUCAGACUGAUGGAAAGUGAUAGCCCUUCAACUGUGGCUUCAGUGCUCUGCAACCAUAGCCAUGACCCUGGUUGCCAUAACCAUGCCCUGAGGUAAGGCAGGGCACUGCCGCUGCCCAUUCCUGGGCAUCUCUUGCAGAGCUCCCAGAAGCAAAGGCCAUUUCUGAAACACCACCUCUGUGAGCCUCUGAUCUCUACCUACCUCCUCAGUCUGAUACAGUUGAAAAAUACAGUGAAAAGGCUGGAAAACACUGUCAGAGACCUCCAGAAUUUCUCAUUUACCAGGACCAGCCUGCUCUGACAAGCCCUUGAGCUGUCGCAGUUUUCUCUCUCAGCUUCCUGACAGAGGGUGCGCGGCGUUUCCCAAAGAGACUUCUGCCAGUGCCAGGAAAGGAGACAGUGUUGCUUUGCUCAGAGUUGUCCUUGUGCUUUUUCCUCCCUCGUGUUAGUGAGAUAAGGAGCCUGUGAAAGACUGUGCAAAGCACCAUGUCGGUUUAAUCAGUGUACGAGGGAGAAACUCGAUAUGCCCUGUUAGUGUAGUCACAGUCCAAGCAUGAAAUUAAGCGGAGGUGGGGGUGGAUGCGAUGGAGAGAAAUGCUGUCCAUCUCCCAGGCAUGAAGCUGAGAGUCCACAUGAAGGGAGAAUUGAGGGAAUGCCCUUGCAGAAAGCCUCCUGGAGCCUGGCAGACCGGGACUGUGGUGUCUUAUAAUUAUUGCACAUAAUAACCCAAAGUGGGUCACGCAGCAGUUUUGUGUGACGGUAUUAAAUGGCACUUUGGGAGAGUGUGCGUGCUGAUUACAGCUGGUGAGGAAUGCCAUCACUUUAGGAGGGGUGAAAAAGAAGUGAGAAUGAACAGAUUUUCUUUGUGCCUUGAGGGUUGUGAGGAUAGUGUUUUCCCCAUCACCCCGGGGAUCAGUGGAGAGUUACACUUACUCAACCCAGACAUCAGAGCCUGAGGCUGCGUGUUGACAUGGGAUUUAGUGCAACCUGUCUGCUUGAACUCUGCUUGACUGUCCUGGUGGGUGCUUCCUAGCCUGAAUUACUCUGGAGCAGUGCUGUGCACUACCAAAUGCUAUGUGUGCUUUGGCCUGGAGCUGGCAGUGUUUAAAACUGGUACUUUCAGCCUCCACAAGCUGGUACUGCUAUGGAGAGAAGUGGUCCCACCUGCUGCUGCUCUGCCCUGCCCUGGUCUACCCCUGCCUUGGAGAAUGUGAUGCAGAAAUUCCAUUGCAAUCAGAAAAGGCUUUCUUGGGACACUAAUUUUGCCAUCAAGUCUGACUUAUUGCAUUUUCUGCAGGGAUUUCUAUGUGGUCUCUAAGCUUAGAAAUCGCAAGUGUUUUAAAUUUAAUUGCUCCUGAUACACAACUCUUACUAGGUGUUGUAGAUAUGACAGUUGUUUCUGACAUGACAAUUAUAUGGGCAACCUGCAAACAAGACAGUCAAGGUGGCAUUCCAUGCUGCCCCAAUCUCUGCUGUUUAAAUAUCUUUCCUUUCCAACCUGUUCAGAAUGAACAGAUUAAGCAGAAUAAUUUUAUUUAUAUCUUCUUUUUGUCUGAAAAUGAAGGAUGAUUUUAGUAGCCUCAGGAUACCCUCUAAGCUCUGAGUGCUGCCUGAUUCAGUCAACAGUCCUUCUGAAAUUAGUGGGUGUUGCACCUCGCAGUGGAGAAAUCUUAAAAUGCUUUACAGAGGUAGUUGCCACCCUUGUCCCUGCUUUACAAAUCCAAGGCACUGAGGGAAGAGCUUCCACCAAACCAAGCAGCAAGGGAAAGAGAAUGUGACCUAGCUGAUAAUGACAGCAUUGUCGCUCAGUGUUAGAUUACCCCAGCUGUGUCACUUUGCAGAUAUGGAGUCAAUUCCCCAAAACAGGGCCAUGGCUAGGUAAAAUUUCAGAGGUGAGUGAAGUCAAGGAUACUCCGGUGAAAGAGACUUCUCCUGAGUGCUGGAGAACUUGACAUUCUCACUGCUGUUUCAUUGGGGAAAUCAUGCCGUGUCUUUUUUGUGUCUUAUUCUUGCUAUUUCUCUCAGAGCUCCAGUCCACCCCUGGCUGGAUCCUUAGUCCUGCUGUGGGAAGGAGCUCUCUGUACGCUGGAUGAAAUCAUGGGGUGGCUGCACUUGUUCUGAUCACCCUCACUGGUGAUCUCUGCCAUUCUCCAGCCUGGUGUCCCGAAUUCCCCAGUGCCUGCCCUGCCCAGCCCUUUGCCUGCAGUGCAGGGUGAACUCUGGGGCUGUGCAGAGUGGUGUCCCUGCCAGGCUCUUGGGAGUGCUGCCAGCUGCCCUGCUCCCUCGGGCUGACAAAGGCUGGGGCUGCUAUGGGAGGAAGCGUGUGCGGAUCCCAAGGGGAAAAGGAGAGCAAGCACUUUGUAUCACUUGACAGGAAGGCCUCUGCUUGACAAAAGAGCACUGCUGACAGGCUCCAAAAAGCAGCCCGGGGCUUAUGUUUCCUGAGCCAGCAAGACAUCCCCAGCCUUAGUGCAGAGGGGUUAAAGAGAUGGGAGUGAGAGCGGGGUCUGUGGGUAUUAGCAGCUUUGUUCCUGACCUGUGCAUGGCUCUAGCUUCCCAAAAGGUGAACUUGCCACCCAUCCCUUCCAGCCUCUGGUUUCUGUGCAGCUGCUGGGGCAUCGGGGAUGCCGGCUGAUUGGGAAGCACUUGCCAGAUUUUUCACUUCCCCCUCUGCUCCCCCUCCCAGGCUCGCACAGCAGUGAAGUAAUCUGUGACAUUCAGACAGCGGGAAGGGGAAGCCGCUGCAAAAUAAAAUAACAGCAUCAGGAAGCGGCACCGUGCUUUUCCCCACUCCCAGCUGGGAAAUGACAACACUUCAUUCAGCUGCUCAAAGCCCGGCGCCAGUGCAGCCCUUGCCGAGCAGGGCUGGCUAAUAACUUCCCUGGCUGCCCAGCUCAGCACUGCCUGCCCCGUGGGCUCUGGGGCACUGGGAAGAUGAGACAGGCGAGGUGCCAGCUGACAGUCUCUUUACCAGCAGGUGCUGCGCAGUCACACCUGGCAAAACAGUUGCUGGGGUUUAUAGCUUCUGUGAAGACCCCUGAGGGUGUUUCUUUUACAUUUUGCAAGAUACCCAGACCUUCCCUCCUUCCUUAUCUGGUGGCUGUUACUUUUAGGGAUGCAUUGCAACGCGAGGUUUCACAGCCCAAAUCCAGUGUGUUAUGUGCCAAAAAGAGACUGCCAGAGGCAAGCUGACCAUUUGGACAGGUGAUGUGUGAUUUUGGAGAGAAGUUUCUCUGUCUUCUUCCCCUUCUUCCAACAAACCAACCCCUAGGUGGAAGGCACUGCCUCUAUGCACAGGUGUCUGAGUGCAGGAGAUUGGUCUCUGUGCUCCUUCCCUUUCUAAAACAUUAGGCAAGGGAAAAAAGUCAGCCUGGCACAUCACAUCUGAUGGUGGCACCAGCCAAGCACCUUAACAUGGACAGCGAGAUCCACAGACUUUAAAUCCUCAAAAGCAGAUUAUAUUCUUUGUUUAUGUAUGACUGGAAUGUAAAAAUAUGUAAGGCAAAGUCCCCCUUUUAGAGCUGGAGUCCUAAACCUCAGAUCUGCUGUGGAUUUAAUGCCUGUUCUCCUCACCUGAAUCUGAAGGGACACAAAAGAGCCAGCGCCUGGUAAUGGGCUUGAGGGUCAUGGUAAUUUUCUGUACAGAGUUUCGGCUUUGCUGGGCCUGAUGGUGGCUUUUUAGCCUAGGAUGUGACUUGUCUUGUAGGGAUCAUAGACCUGGUUUUUCAUUAACUUCAGAUGCACAGCUCCUAGGGUUAGAACACAAAUGCUGUUCUUUUUCAUUCAGGUGUCUUCCAUGACAGCCACAUAUUUUUAGUAUGCACCAACAGCAUCAGGAGGGAGAAAAGGUUGGUGCAGCCCUGCAAAUUGUCCCUUGAGCUUCCAGCCCCUCUCUUUGGGUGCUGUGAUCUAAUGGCAUUGCCUGAGUCGCGAUGUCACCUUAUUGCUGUGCUGGCAUCGCUGGGCAUGUGGAAAGGAGCACACAUUCCAUGGUGUGAAAUGUGAAAUACCAAGAUUUCACCUACACCUUUCAGCCUACAGGUUGCUGUGAGGCUGGACCCACUGUAGUUGAAUUUCUUCCCAUCCAGCAGCUUUGGGGGUUGUCACUUCAGCCCUUCAGAUGGGUACAGCCUGAGCUGUUCCCCACCUGCACGUUGCUGCCUUGUGCUCACACGAGGAUGACAUAAAUGCCUGUCCAUGUUCCUGUGGGGUUUUUUGAGUUGCUUCUGAGUGUUAAAGUAAUUUUGUGUUUUGCACCUGGUUUUUAUCACCCAGGGUCCAUCACUGUCAAUCCUCUUGCAAUUGUUUAGGUUAAUCCUCUCUCUGGCUAUUUCUUUUCCUCUACCCAGCACUGGUCUCCCCAAGCUUCUCAUCUUCCAGUACAGCUACAUCCUGAGAGCACUGGACCUGCAUCCCAAAUCAACAUAAAAUGCCUGCUAUUUUUCUUGGCCAGGUGCACUAAGAAUGCAAAGGUAUUAAGUGAUGUCACUAUCUACUGAUGAUGCUCUUUUGGUCCUGACUUGCCACAGAAAGCAGGAGUGCAGCAGUGAGCUGUAAAGAGGAGGCUCCUGGCACAUAUGUCUGGACUUUUGUGCCCCAAGCCCAUCUUUCCCUCUGCAACGAGUCGGAUUUUGAAGUGUCUGCUCACUUACAGUAGUGCAAACGUGUGCAAAACUUGGUGUGACCUGCCCUUGGUCAGGUGGCCCUAGAAUUGAUCUCCUGUGGGACUGUGGCCAAUUAAUUUCAUAGGUCUGUUCAUCCUCCUGUUUUGUUUCUGGUCUGUUCAUUUGGACAUUCUCUCUUGUUGUGUGUUUGCACUGUACCUCAUUCAGUCUGGGGCUCUGGUCCUGCCUGGGACCUUGGGGGAAAUGCCCCAGCAAUCAUGUAAAAUCUUACUGUGUUUAUGUGACAGGGCUUUAACCUGUUUAACAUCACUGCAAAUGACUGCCCUGGGCAUCAAAGAAUGACAAAUAUACACUCUUCUAUUUUCUGUGUAUGUAACUACAUUACCUCAUAUACAUAGAGUAAAAAAUUAUAAAGGAAAAUAACCAUUAUAUAGGAAGGAAAAAUACUAUUUUCCUUCAGAAAUUGCAAUCCUAUCCCACUAAAAUUAAAGUACCUCCCAGAGUUGCGUGGGCUUUGCUGGACCUGAGACAUAGACAAUCCUGUUGAAAAUCAUCACAGAAUUAUAGAAUGCCUUGGAUUGGAAGGGAUCUUAGUGAUCAUUUCAUUCCAACCCCCCUGCCUAGGCAAGGGUGUCACCCAUGAGACAAAGGCUGUUCAAAGCCCUGGCCAGCCUGGCUUUGAACACUUCCAGGGAUGGAGCAUCCACAGCUUGCCUGGGUAACCUGUCUCAGUCCCUCAGCACCCUCACAGUCAAGAAUUUCUUACUACCAUUGAAUCUAAAUUUCCAUUCCCCCUUGUCCUAUCUACCUGUCCAAUACUCUUUUUUUAAAGUGUUUUUUAUAAAUCCCCUUUAGAUACUAGAAGGCUGCUAGAAGGUCUCUGUGGAACCUUCUCUUUUCCAUGCUGAACAUCCCCAGCUCUCUCAGCCUGUCUCCACAGCAGAGGGGCUCCAACCCUCUGAUCAUCUUUGUGGCCUCCUCUGGACUCGCUCCAACAGGUCUAUUGUUUUCUAAAGAAGAAUAAGAUUUUCCUUGUAAGACAAUUUCCUCACUUCAGGUGUUGCUGCUGCUCCACUUUGGUCCGGAUUUCAAAAUCUCUGAAAUCAUAUGUGAAACAAAACACCCAUCUUGUGCCAAACCCCGGGUGGAGGAGGCUUUCAGUGCCCUGUGCAGUGGGCAGCUGUGAGCUCCUGAGGGAGCAGGCUGGGAGGAGGGACACACUUCAGGGAGCCAAGUGGUUUCAGUUCUGCUGUUCACCUCGGCACAGGCUCCACGUUCAGCCCGGUCAGUGAGCCAUGUCUGCAGAUAAAGAGCUAUUCUGGUAAAGUGUGCUGAGAGGGGAUGUGUAAAUGCAAUAAACCCUUAAAAUUUAUGCAAUAUAUCCAGCUGAGCCUCCACUCCCCUGCAGCUGGAGCUUCUCAUGGGUUUUAGGGAAUGAUCCUCCUAAAAUUAAACAGUAAGACAAAGCCACCAGUAACUAAAUGGGCUGGUCUGACACGGAGGAGACUGGAGCUCUGCUGUGGGAGCACCUGGCUCUGGGCAGGGGACAGGGACACCGCCCACCCCCGAUGGCUCCAGCUCGUUAAUCUGAAACCACCGUGUGCCAGUCUUGGUUUUAAAUAGCAAGUCAAGAGGGAAGCCACGUUUGUCUGGGGCUGAGGAGAGAGCCAAGCUGAGAUAGUGCUGCUUGCUGGAGUGUCUGGACAGCAUGGACAGGAAAGGCCCCCUCUUCCCAGCAACCAGCCCCCAAAGGGGUUUUGGCUUCAAAGGCCCCCCAAGGAUCGCCGAUAAAGUGAUUCACCGCCAGUCCGUGAGGCUGGGCAGGACCAUCAAGCUCCUGUGCCCGGUGGAAGGCGACCCCCCGCCCCUCACCAUGUGGAUGAAAGACGGACGGACCAUCCACAGCGGCUGGACGAGGUUCCGAAUCCUCCAGCAAGGGCUGAAAAUCAAGGAGGUGGAGAGCGAAGACGCGGGGACCUACAUCUGCAAAGCCACCAACGGCUUCGGCAGCACCAACGUGAACUACACCCUCAUCGUCAUCGAUGAUGCCAGCUCAGGAAAGGACGGCCAGGUGCCUGAAGGCUCCAAUGGAGAAUAUGAAGACCAUUCUGGGAAGCAGUGGGCCCGGCCCAGGUUCACUCAGCCUGCCAAGAUGAGACGGAGAGUGAUCGCCCGCCCCGUCGGCAGCUCCAUCCGCCUCAAGUGCGUGGCCAGCGGCAACCCCAGGCCUGACAUCACGUGGCUGAAGGACAACAAGCCCCUCACUCCCCAGGAAAUUGGGGAGAACAAGAAGAAGAAGUGGACAUUGAACCUGAAGAACCUGAAGCCAGAGGACAGCGGGAAGUACACCUGCCGGGUGUUUAACAAAGUUGGAGAAAUCAAUGCGACGUACAAAGUUGAAGUGAUCCAGAGGACGAGGUCCAAGCCCAUCCUGACAGGGACUCACCCCGUCAACACCACGGUGGACUAUGGUGGAACCACGUCCUUCCAGUGCAAAGUGCGCAGCGACGUCAAGCCUGUCAUCCAGUGGCUGAAGAGGGUGGAGUACGGCACGGAGAGCAAGUACAACUCCACCAUCGAUGUCGGGGGGCAGAAGUUCGUCGUGCUGCCCACGGGGGAGGUCUGGUCUCGCCCAGAUGGUUCCUACCUGAACAAACUGAUGAUUACUCGGGCCAAGGAGGAGGAUGCGGGGAUGUACAUUUGCCUCGGGGCAAACACCAUGGGCUACAGCUUCCGGAGUGCUUUUCUCACAGUCCUGCCAGAUCCCAAGCCUCCCAGCGCACCUGUGCCCCCCUCCUCGGCCAGCAGCCUGCCCUGGCCCGUCAUCAUCGGCAUCCCGGCCGGGGCCGUCUUCAUCUUCGGGACCAUCCUGCUGUGGCUGUGCCAGUCCAGGAAGAAGCCCUGCUCCCCUCCGGCCGCCGCCCCCGCGCACCGCCCGCAGCCCCGCGACCGCAUCUGCGUCCCCCAGGUCCCCGACAAAGACUGCAUCUCCUCCAUCAACUACGAGGAAUACGUGGCCCAGCAGCAGCAUUUACUGUCCCAGGGGCCCGGCCUGGCCCCUGCCAUGGCUUCCAAAAUGUACCCAAAGAUUUACACGGACAUCCACACCCACACCCACUCGCACGUGGAAGGCAAAGUGCACCAGCACCAGCACAUUCAGUACCAGUGCUGA